GCUACGGCCUACAUAGUACAUAAUCGUCAUAAUCACAUGACACAUUCACAUAGUACAUAGUACCUACAUAGUAUAUUGAAUUAUUGAAAUGGCACUGGAAACUUUUGCGGUUAAAUGAAUGUAGGAUAUAGGUGAUUAAGUUGGUCGAGUGUUUGAAAUUGAUUUGUUUUUAAAAUAUAAAUUUGUAUUAUUUUCUAUACAUAUUGUAAUAAUGGUAAAAUUUUUUGAAAAUAAAAGUUUGUUUCCAUUCAGAUGGGAUCAAGUGGUUCAUGGCUUUUGGCAUCGUUAUCCUAACCCAGAAAGCAAGCAUGUAUUGUCUGAAGACGUGUUACAUAGAGAAGUUAUUGAAAAAAAAUUACAUUCUAUUAGAUUAUUCACAAAAACUAACAAGUUGCCAAAAUGGGGUGAACGUUUUAUAAAUACGAAUGUUGUAAAAAUUGUCGAAGAAUCAAUUUUAGAUCCAUCAAAAAAGACGUUAAUAACAUAUACCAGAAAUGUUGGAUAUGCAAGUGUUAUGGGUGUAACAGAAAAAGUUGUUUAUAAAGUCAAUGAAGAAAAUCCAAGUACUACAGUUGCAGAGAGAUCAGUGUGGAUUGAAUCAAAUGUGUAUGGAAUGUCUAAAGCUAUUCAAGCAUUUGGAAUGCAACGAUUUAAAGUUAACAGUACUAAAGCAGUAAAAGGAUUUAAUUAUGUUCUCAAUAGUAUGUAUGGUAGUAACACUUCAAGUUCAUCUGGUGUAUUAUUACAUCAGAAAGAAAAAUUAAAGGAUGCGCUUAAACAAACAAAUUACAAAACUGGAACUCUCUAUGUUCAUUAAUCAAUUCCUAUUUGAAAUUUCAUCAAAUUUAUUAUGAACAAUAAAAUGUGAUAACACAAUUAUGUAUUCUCAUAAUUUCAACAAUUUUAACCAAAUUAAGACAUCCUUCAAGCUUAUGUGGUUACUGUCAACUUUAUAGUAUUCUAUUAGAGUACAGUAUAAUUAUUUUAAAUAAGUGAUCUUUUUUUUGUCUUGAUUAUGAUUAUUAAAGUGUCUAUUUAAUUUAUACAUACAAUGUUAAAUUUGUUAUCCAAUAAUUUGUAUAUGUGAUUUAAUUUUUAUCACAUUAUAAUUUUAUAAGAAAUUACUGAUGUGAUUAUAUAGAUGAAUAAAGUGUCUUAUAUGUUUAAUUGUUUAGUAUUGAACACAUUAUUUUGUAAUGAUUCUUUAUUGUAUUUUAUAAAAUUUUUAUAUGAUAUAUCUAUUGUGUAAAAUGUCCGGUAGUGGUACAAUUUUUCUAAUUUAUCAAUAUAAUUAAUUUAUUUAAAGAUAUUCAACUUUUAAAUACUUAAGAAGACGUUACUUCCAGAUGUUUUUUUUUUACUGUUAGUAACAUGAAAAAUUGCUGACAACAGCAUAUUAAUGUUCUGAAGUUUCAAUUUUAUGCAUUAACUUCUAGUAAUACAGAGAUUUAACUAAUUAUCAAACUUAAAUGUUUGAAUAUUAUCUGUGUUUUCACUUCGAUUUUUUACAAUAUUUUAAUUUUUAAGUAAGCUACAUAAUAUGUACAAUAUUACGAUUCAUAAUUUCAAUUUUAAAUUUUCAUAACUUGAUUAUAAUAUCGUAAAAAAUUCCAUUAAAAGCACAGAUUAUGUUCUUACUUUCAAUUUUGGUAAUAAAUCAAUUUACUUUAUUAUUAAACCUUACAAUACAAAAUUAGAACUCUAGAACUCGAAUUUAGUAUAAUUUAUGUUUGUAGGACGGAGACAACAUCAUAUGUUUUGAUGUCCUCUUCACACAAAUAUUUAGAAUGAAUAUGAUUCUAUUUUUUUGAAAUACUUUUAAUAUAAAUGUUACUAUAUAGUGCAUUGUAUAUUAUUAUGUAGGUAUUUUAGUAAAAUAUUUAGAAUAUCUAAAUCUUUCAUUAGAGAAGGUUGCCUAUUAUUAUAUUAAUAAUAUUAAUUAUCUACCUAUAAAAAAAUCAGCACAUGCAGUAUGCACCUACUAAUUUAUUAUUAAUUAUUAAAUUACUUCUUUGAUCUAUUCAAUACAUUUAUCAUUUAUGUGAAAUAUUAAUCAGUGAACAUCUCAAAUACUUACAUAAUCCUUGAACAAUUGGUAAUACCUACAUAUAUUUUUUAAUAUUCUAUACAUAGGUUUUUAUAACCUACAGGUACAGACGGUACAGUUAAUAGAUCUAUAUUUAUAUUCCAAUAUGACUGAUAUAGAUGUAUAGGUAGUAGGUACCCUACCCACCUUUACCUAUGUAGAGUAUGUAGCUAUAUGUACAUAAUAUACUAAUUAAGUUUUGUAAUUGGCUCAACUAAUUUUAUCGUAAAUAUAUAUACCUCAGCAAAAUGUUUGAUUUAUAUUUAAGUUGACAUUGAGUAGUUUUAAAAUAUAAUAUAGGUAAUUGAAAUUAUAAACUGUGUACUAGUUAUACAGGUAUAGCAUGUAAAAUAUAAAUUAUUUUCAAUCAAAUAAAUAAUCUGUUAAUA